AUGUGGUGCGAUGACGUGGCAGAGCCCGAUGCCACGUGGCAAAUUUAUAGCCUUGCUGCAGGUUUUGCACUAGCAUCGCUCAUAUUAAUCGCCACUGUUUUGGACAAAAAAAAGAAUUUCGAAAAGAAUUUGGAGCAUGAUGAUGAUGACUCAAUUUUUGGAGCAAUUGCACCGUCCAUCGCGCUGACUUAUCGUAAAUUCGCAAAAUUUUCGAAAAAAUCGAUAAUCACCGCGUUCUCUCUGAAAUCAUCGCUGAAAUUCCUGCAGCGAAAUUCGAGCCGUGAAAUUCCGAUUUUGAAUGGAUUGAAAGUUUUCACGACGUUUUGGGUCAUCUUUUCGCAUACUUGCCUUUUUUCGCUGAAUUUUUCCGAUGUUGUGGCGGAUGUUUUGAAAGAGGUGAGGAUUUGGCUGCGUACCUAGGACAUUUAAUACUCAGUGAAGAGGGAUUGGGCUAUUUUUCAAAAAAACUGACAUUUCCUCCAGUUUUCCUCGUAUUUCGACCAUUUCCCUGACGAUUUUCCUGUAAUUAGCAAAAAAUCUAUAAAAAGUGAACAUUUUUCCAUAAAAAAACCAGUUUUUGUAUCAAAAAUCAACUAAAAUAUGUUAUUUUUACUUAAAAAAGAGAUAAAUAUGAAUUUAACAACAAAUUUCAUUCAAAUUCAUGAAAAAACAACAAAAAGAAACAUUUUCGAAAAACAAAAAAAAACAAGAAAAUAAAAGUAGAAAUGGAAGUGCGCUCCAUUGAUAAACAAUUGCAUUUCGCGCACUCUCUCAAAAACAUUUUGUGUUUUUGUGUUUUAAUGUGUUUAGCUGCGUACUUGAGACGUUUGAUACUCAGUUAAGGCUGCAUUUUAACUGCGUACCCGAGGCAUUGAAUACACAGUCAACUCACCUAAUUUUCAGGCUCGAAACCGUCCAAAAUCCAUAAAAAGUAAGAAAAUCACAUUUUUCCAUUAAAAAACCAGUUUUUGUAUCAAAAAUCAACUAAAAUUAUGUUAUUUUCACUUAAAAAAGAGAUAAAAAUGAAUUUAACAACAAAUUUCAUUCAAAUUCAUGGAAAACAACAAAAAACGGAUUUUCGAAAAACAAAAAAACAAGAAAAUAAAAGUAGAAAUGGAAGUGCGCUCCAUUGAUAAACAAUUGCAUUUCGCGCACUCUCUCAAAAAUCUUGUGUGUUUUUGUGUUUUUCCAUGUUUUUAGCUGCGUACUUGAGACGUUUGAUACUCAGUUAAGGCUGCAUUUUAGCUGCGUACCCGAGGCAUUGAAUACUCAGUCAACCCGUCGCAAUUUUCAGGCUCGAAAUCGUCCAAUUCUCUCCGCAUUUUUGCUCAAUUCCUCGCUAGCCGUCGACACAUUUUUGCUGAUUUCCGGAAUUGUGGCCGCAUAUUCGCUGCGUCGAAAAUGGCAAUUUCGCGGCGGGACCCAACAAAUGACCGUGAUCCGAAGUUGCACAAUGCUCUUGCAUCGACUUUUUCGAUAUCUACCGAGUUUGACGAUUUAUAUGGUGUUUAUGGUGUAUUUGUACAAUCGAUUGGGUGAUGGUCCGUUUUGGAAUGGCGCAGGUGGGUAGAGAUGGGAAUGGGGAGUGAGUGAGAGAUGGGGGUUCGAGGAAUGGUGGGCGCGGGAGUCGUGUUUUUUCUUUAGGUUUCUAGGCCACCAACAUCGUAUUUUUGUGUUUCUAGGCCACUAAAAUCGUGUUUUUUGGUUUUCUAGGCCAUAAAAAUUGCAUUUUUGGGUUUCUAGGCCACCAAAAUCGUAUUUUUGGGUUUCUAGGCCACCAACAUCGUGUUUUUGGGUUUCUAUGCCACCAAAAUGUAUGGCUCAAGCGGUUAAGCUUCUGCUUGCCAAGUUUGCAACGCGGGUUCGAUCCCCAAUGUGCGUUUUUGAGUUUUUUGCCAAGCUUGCUAGAAAAAAAAAUGAUUUUUUGAUUUUUUUAUACAUAAAAUGUCUGUGAGAAUCUCUAUAUAAUCUCCUAAACUCAUUUUUUCUUUCACAAACAUUUUUUCGCUCGAAAAUGCUCUCCAACUUGAGUCUUCUAUUCGUUUUUGCUCUAAUCCUGAUUCUCCUGGUUCAAAUUUCUGAAACACUUUGUCGCAUGGGAUAUUGCAAUAAAGCUACUAAUAAGUAAAUUUUGUAGGUAUUUGGGGGUAAUAAAUUAUUGUAACAUCAGUUUUUUCCACGUGGCACAUGCCAGUCGCGCCUUGAAAACACUUCUACCAAGCAGCCACUGCUAGAGGGAUCUCCUGUCAAGCAUCCGUGGCUUCUGGACUUGUCAAUAAACCCGCCACUGCUUCUAGUGUCCUCUGUCAAGCAGCAGCGACUUGA